AUGCCUAUAGCUUAUAUUACCUCUGUUUACGUUAAUGGCGUUGACUCGGGCACGUUUUCCGGGAUUCGCACGCCCGCGUAUAACGGGCCGCCCCCACGCGGUUACGCCAAUAGUCCCGUCAAGGAUCUCGAGAGCAUCGAUAUGCGAUGCAAUGUCCUAGGGGACCACCAAGUGCCACACACGAUCCAGGUGAGACCCGGCGAUAAUGUAACGAUGGAAUGGCACCACGACGAGCGUACGGCUAAGGACGAUAUUAUCGCGUCGAGCCACCACGGCCCCGCGAUCGUGUACCUGAGCCCGGACCCGCCGGGCGAGAAUACCUUCGUCAAGAUCUGGGAAGAGGGCAAAUUCGCGCAAGGUGAGGGCCCCCGCGCGCCCGGCAAGUGGGCCACGACGGCCGAUAUUGCCGCCAACGGAGGCAGGAUGAACGUGAGGAUCCCGAAAGGGCUUAAGGCCGGCUUCUAUCUUAUCCGGGCCGAGAUGAUCGGCCUUCACGAGGCGGAAGUUAGCUACCAGAAGAAUCCCAUCCGCGGGGCCCAGUUCUACCCCAACUGCGUCCAGAUCGAGGUCAAGGGUGAUGGCGACAUCGAGCUGCCCGCGGGUGUUAGCUUCCCAGGGGCCUACAAAUGGGACGACCCAGGUAUUCUGUACGAUCUAUACUGCUCCACAAAAGCCACCACGACAGCGCCGUGCACGACUACUUACCAGAUCCCGGGCCCGACGGUGUGGUCGGGGGCCUGGCCGGAGACGCCGUCUGUUGAGCUCGGCGCGAUGACGGGGGUCACAAAGGCCACGAGCUGGAACACGUGGAUCGUGAAGUCGGUGGUGACGUCGUCGAACUCGGCGGGCGUCCUGGCCACGUCAACCUACCAGGCUCAUUGGUCGACCACAUACCAGACACCCAGCCCUACCGUGCAGGGUUGA